ACCAGCCUGAACUUCAAGGCAGCACAAUGAGCUCGACAGACGCCCAGCCAGAAGUACCCAGGGUCGACAAGGAUGGACAGGCUGUCAUUAACCCGGCAAAUGUGAAGGGUGUCCGCGUAUCAGGCAAACAAUGGAAAAUGCAAAAACAACCAACCCGAAAGUCUUCGCACACAUCCUGGGACCAACGCCAAAAGGACCGUCAAACUCUCGAAUCCAUUAAAACCCGUGAACGCGAGUUAAAGGAAGAGCAGGAACGCGAGCGACAAGAACAGGCGGAACGCAUUAGGGCAAGGAGGGCAGCGAAGGAGGAGAAGGAGAGGUAUGAGUUGUUGAAGACGAAGAUGCACGCCAAGAGGGUGGAGAGGUUGCGGAGACGGGAGAAGAGGAGUAAGCUGUUGAAGGAACGGUAGAUGUGGUGUCUCGGCUCAAGUGGUGGAACUGGGAAAGACAAUGGCUUGGUUUCGAGUUUCUUCUUUUUUUGGAUUACAGCAAACGGAAUGGAAUCACAAUACAUCAUCGGUUAUACCCCUC